AAAUUCCAUUCAACAAGUCUUUGUUUCUUCACAUGAGAGUCAUCAUCAUCCUCAUCAAAGAUUUUCAUAGUAAAAGUAAACACGUUUUGGUUUGGUCAUAGGUAAUGUAACAUAAUCGUGUUUCAUAAUUAUACAAACACAUAAAUCACUAAUUGCACCCGCCCACUAACUUCACAAACCCCUUCAUCACCAAACACUAUUUAUAAGUCUCUCCUUCCCAGAAGCCAUAACUCAUCAAUUCCAAACUCACCCUUUUCUCUCUUCUUGAUUAAAGCCACAAACUUUCUUCAACCCAUCUCACAGAAAUCAAAAGGGUCGUCAAAAUUCUGUGCUGUUUUGUGGUUGUUGGAAGUUGAAUCGUCAUAUAUUAUUAUCACAGACCCAAUUGUUUAAUUUCUAAAAAUCAAAAUUUUUUGGUCCAAAAUCAAUUAUUUAGGCCAAAUAUAUUUGUUUCUGAUUCUUAUCUUUGUGUUAAUCUUCUAUGGCGACUUGGGUUUUAUCAGAAUGUGGUUUAAAGCCACUUGCUCCAGUGUUUUCCAAACCAAGAACUGGUUUUGCUGUGUCUAACAACUCAAAGGUUAGAUUUUUGGGCACAAGCAAAGGAGUAUCGGAUAUCAAAUUUCAAUUUCAGCCAAAAAGUUUUGAUUUUAAGGAGAAAAGAAAAUGGGGUUUGAAUGUGAGUACUCCUUUGAGAGUUGAGUCUAUUGAACCACAACAGGAGGAGCUUCCGGUGUUUGAUCCUGCUUCACCACCACCUUUUUCAUUGGCUGAAAUAAGAGCAGCAAUUCCAAAGCAUUGUUGGGUGAAGGAUUCUUGGAAGUCUAUGAGUUAUGUUUUGAGAGAUGUUGUUGUUGUUUUUGGUUUGGCUGCUGCUGCUGCUUUUCUUAAUAAUUGGAUGGUUUGGCCUCUUUAUUGGGCUGCUCAAGGAACCAUGUUUUGGGCACUUUUUGUUCUUGGACAUGAUUGUGGUCAUGGAAGCUUUUCAAAUGAUGCUAAGCUUAAUAGUGUUGUUGGACAUUUCUUGCAUUCUUCAAUUCUUGUUCCCUAUCAUGGAUGGAGAAUUAGUCAUAGGACUCAUCACCAAAACCAUGGCCAUGUUGAAAAGGAUGAAUCUUGGCUACCGUUGACAGAAACAUUGUUUAAGAGUUUGGACAGUGUAGGACGCGCUUUAAGAUUUACAGCGCCUUUUCCAUUGCUUGCAUAUCCUGUGUACCUUUUGAUCAGGAGUCCUGGGAAGAAGGGUUCUCAUUUCCAUCCCGACAGUGACUUGUUUGUUCCAAACGAGAAAAAGGAUGUUAUCACUUCUACGGCUUCUUGGUUGGCUAUGGUGGCUUUGCUUGUAGGAUUGGGAUUUGCAAUGGGUCCAAUUCCUUUACUCAUGCUUUAUGGAGUUCCUUAUGUUAUCUUUGUCAUGUGGUUGGAUUUCGUGACGUAUAUGCAUCAUCACGGUCAUGAAGACAAAUUACCUUGGUAUCGUGGAAAGGAAUGGAGCUAUCUCAGAGGCGGACUUACUACUCUUGAUCGCGAUUACGGAUGGAUCAAUAACAUUCACCACGACAUUGGAACUCACGUCGUUCAUCACCUUUUCCCUCAAAUUCCACACUAUCACUUAGUCGAAGCUACCGAGGCAGCUAGACCUGUGUUCGGAAAAUAUUACAGAGAGCCGAAGAAAUCGGCUCCUCUUCCAUUUCACCUUAUUGGAGAAUUCAUAAGGAGCUUGAAGAAAGAUCAUUUUGUUAGUGACACUGGUGAUAUUGUGUACUACCAAGCUGAUCCUGAACUUAGUGGCUCUUCUGAUGAAGUUUAAGAUUUUCACUAUUGAAAUUUGUCAUAAAGUUAGUGCAAUUAGUAGAAUCCACUUCAUAAAAAAAGUGAUUGAUGGAAAUUUAAAAAUAUAUAGGUAUAAGAUUAUUAUCCUUCCUUCCUAACAGGUGAAUUUUGUAAAUUGAUUAUUCUUCAUGAAGGAAGUGAUAUCCUGAAUUAUGAUCAAGUUAGUUACUUGAAGCACUUUGGUGCAUUGAUAAUUUUGAGUAUAGUUUGUCUUUAUGUGUUUGUUCUUUUUAUGAAUAGACCAUAUCAAACAUAUGUUUGUUAUGCUUGUUAUUGUCAUGUUUUCAA